UCGCCAAUAUGGUUAUUUUUCAAUAAUUUUUCUAGCAAGAAUUUUAACCAUUUUGGUAGUUUUCGAGUAUAAACCAUAAAAUGGUUGAAUAAUUUGAUAUCGCCAUUUUGAAAGCAGUUCAAACUGCAGCCGGACGCCCAAGCAAAUUUUUUCUUCCGCGGAACAGCAUCUAGUUUCCUGAAAAAUCGGUGCUGGAAAUCGUACAAACUUCAGAUUUGUCGAAGAUGGAGAAAGGGUGCCGUUUGAAUGAUGCCGAUUCGAUUCCGUUUGAUAAACCAACAACAUUCAAUAGGACGAGGACUCACUCACCGGUCCAUCGUUACCAGCCACUGCUAAUGGAAUACAGGAAUUGUUUUUCACACCGCCCGGAAGGAGCUGGAGCACCACCCGGAAGGAGGCCAAAAUGUUUGAAAAACAUCACCAGCGAGUCAAAGAUUAUUAGCCAGACCCGCCUCCUCCACCCUCACCCCGUUAAAGAUAGCAAACUAGGGAUAAUGGUAUUGGCCAUCCCGCAAAAGCUCGCUUUCUUAUCAGGUUUCGGUAGCGCUCGUGGGGGAAUUUUACUCCUGCUACCAGGUUAUUCGGCUGCUGUUGGCGUUUACCUAAAGCUAUAAGGUGGCAGUCAUAAUAUACAAACAGGCUUUCAAAUUACUAUAAUGGGGCAUAGUUUAUAAGUUUUAAGUACAAAAACAAUAAAAUUAAUGUUCUGAUAACUCUUAUUUUAUUAAUUCCUUCAACAAUUGUAAUCUC